CUUUAAAAAAAACACAACAAAACAGCCCUACCGAAGUGUUAAUUCUAGCAUGAAUCUGCUGACUUUCUACACUUCACAAAUAAAUAAAUAAAUAACUUGCCCUUGUGCUGAGUCAUGCAUUAUCCCCCCACAAUAACGAUGUCAAUAGUCUGCGCUGGCUACUUUGAACCCUACAGUGUCCACUGCAUGGUGCGCGAUGACUGCCUUGGUCAGAGAGUUUAUUCGCGUAUUGAGCCAUCUUCCAUAAACCGCGAGGGAAGGAGCCGGCUGUCUGAUGCAUCAGGCUCUGUCCUCCAUCCUGUCUUAUGAUGAUCGCUGCCGCGUUUUUGGUACUCUUGAGGCCGUACAGUAUCCAAUGUGUGCUGUUGUUGUUGCUGCUUUUGCUAGGAACUAUUGCGACUAUUUUGUUUUUCUGCUGCUGGCACCGCAGGCUCCGUAAUGGAAAGCAUCCAAUAAAAUCCGUGCUCUCUGGACGCCCCAAGUGCCGCGUUGGUCUCCGAACGCACCAUUUUCGCUCUGAGGGUUUCAGACACAGCCCACGCCACACAAAGAGAAGUGUGCAUCCUCGGAUCACAGAAGAAAAGUCUUCUUUGGCAGAUGUUCCUGAGAACAACCAGCUGUCAUCAUCCACUCAGCUAAGAAAACGCAAAGUCAAGAAGAGAGUGCUGCCUGAGUUCUACCAGUCUGUACAAGUCACACCCACACGUAAAGCUAGCUCCAGCUCGGGGAACCCUUCCCAGCGCUGCUCAAUGUCUUCCUCGGCAGAUUUUUCAGACGAGGAUGAUUUCAGUGUUAAAUCUGGGUCGGCAUCCCCGGCUCCCGGAGACACGUUACCGUGGAACCUGCCAAGGCACGAGCGGUCAAAAAGGAAAAUCCAGGGUGGUUCCAUCCUGGACCCAGCCGAGCGGGCAGUGCUCCGGAUCGCAG